AUGUUUACAAGGUGACGGUGGUCGUGAUUUAGAAGGAGAGAUUACAAGAACUCCAAUUGUUUUUCAGCUUAAAGAUUGGGAAGUAAGAGUUUGUGUAGAUGUGGUCCGUGAUUUAGAAGGGAUUCUAUCACGGUACCCUAUAGAAACAAUUGGAGUUCUUGUAACUUCAAGAAUAGAUGGAUUUUUGGGAG